CACGGUGUAUUAAAAGUUAGAACAUCGGAAGAAAAAGCAAGAGCUCUUAAAUUAAAAGAGUUGGAAAAGAUUGAUUCAUAUAAUAAAUUAGUUAAAUCAUUUGAAGAAAAGAGAGAAAAAGAAAAUGGUCAAUACGAUGACCAAUCACUUGCAGUUUCAAAAUUAGUUUUGGUAGAAAAUCCAGAAUAUUACACUAUUUGGAAUUAUAGAAGAAAUGUUAUGAAUCAAUUUAAAGAAAAGGGUACUUCAGAUAUUCAACAAGUUUACCAAAACGAAUUAAAAUUUAUAGAAGAAUGUAUCCAAAGAUACACAAAAAGUUAUUGGAUUUGGUAUCAUCGUAAAUGGGUCACUGUUAGAUUAGAUGAUUGUGAUUGGGAUAGAGAAUUAAAAUUAUGUUCAAAAUUAUUAAAUUUAGAUUUAAGAAAUUUCCAUUGUUGGAGCUAUAGAAGAUUUGUAUUGGAAAAUUCAAAAAUACCAUUAGAGGAUGAAUUUAAAUAUACAACAAGCAAAAUUGAACAAAACUUUUCAAACUAUUCAGCAUGGCAUCAAAGAUCAUCAAUUUUACCAAAAAUUUACCCAGAACCAGAAAAACUAUUAGAAAAAGUUUUAGAAGAAUUUGAAUUGGUCAGAAGCGCUGUUUUUACAGAGCCAAAAGAUUCCAGUUCAUGGAUCUAUCACAAAUGGUUAGUUGCCACCCUCAAAAGCAUUCCAAAUAGCAAUUAUAUCGAUGUUUUAAAAAAUGAAUUGGAACAAAUUAAUGAAUUAAUUGAAAUGGAACCAAAUUGUAAAUGUAAUAUUAAAAAGAUAUUAAAAUUUUUUUUUUUUACAGGGCCAAUUUAUAUUACUUUAUUAUUAAAAAUUGAAAUUGGUGGAUAUGAUAAAAAUGAAUUAAAAGAAACUAUUCAAGAAUUAAUUAAAUUAGAUAAUGACCACAUUAACUAUUACAAGCACCUCGAAACUACAAUUUAA